AUCCCACUCUAAACUAGCCAACUCCCACCAAACGCAUCGUCAAAGAGAUUAACCGGUCAUACUUAAUUAUUCAUUGUAAGUUCGUCCAAUUCACCUGCAAAAUUGGAAGAACACAAAACUCAAAGCUCAAAAAUCUGAAGACUUCAUCCAUGGAUUCCGCACAGAACGCGGCAGCAGGAAACAAUGGCGUGGUAAAUGCACAAGGAAACAAUAACAACAGUACCAACAACGAAGGAGCAACCUCGGAUGAUGCGAAGCAAAACCUAAGUGACGUCACCAACUCCAUUGAAAAAACUUUGGGUCUUCUUCAUCAGCUUUAUCUCACUGUUUCUUCCUUCAAUGUUGCCUCCCAGCUUCCUCUCCUUCAACGCAUAAAUUCUCUGGUGACGGAGCUCGAUAAUAUGAUGAAAUUGUCUGGAAAGUGCAAUAUUCAGGUUCCCAUGGAGAUUCUCAAUUUAAUUGAUGAUGGGAAGAAUCCAGAUGAUUUCACCAAGGAUGUUCUUAAUAGCUGUAUUGCUAAAAAUCAGAUCACCAAAGGCAAAACUGAUGCUUUUAAGAGUUUGCGCAAACAUAUGCUUGAGGAGCUUGAUGAAGCUUUUCCCUCUGAAGUGGAUGCGUACAGAGAUAUACGUGCCUCAUCUGCCGCUGAGAUGAAAAGGUUGGCCCAAGCCCAGAGUGCACUGCCUAAUGGAGAUGUGAAGGUCAAGGGUGAGCUAUAGGUUCUGAUAUCUGCAAGCAAUCAGCAUGAAAGAAUGUGGAAACAAGGUAACUGAGAAAGCUCAUACUUUAUUGCUGCGAAGUGGAGCUACAUCAAAGAAGAAAAUGAAGUAAGUGAUAUUUCUUUAUCCUUCAACCAAGUGCUAGCGCCUACUGAUUCUGACAAAUUUAUAACAAAGCAUUCAGUGGUUGUAACAACUUGGCCACAGUGGAUUAUGCGUUAAGUUUGCCUGUGUUGAUGUGUUCUCCUUUGGUGCUGCCAUGAGAACUGACGAUUAAUAACUGUUCUGAGGGAACUUAUUCAAUGUUUUAUGGAAAGCAAUAUGUAGUAAUAUGUUUGUUCCUCUCUUGAUAAGAAAUAAUCUUUUUGUCUCAACUCUUAAGCAGUUCUAUUGUGAGAGAACCUAGUAGUCGGAAAUUCAAAAGGUAUUUCUAGAACCUAAGAACUGAAUAAGAUAUCUGAUCUAAACAGCUUAGAGCUGGUGGUAAGAUAGUAAAUUUACAAAUUCAUUAUCUGCGAAGGCGGUAAUUUCUCUAGAUUGCAUGGGCCUUAACUUACUGAAAAUUCUCUCGUGCUUGUUAAAAUGAGCUUGGUACAGAAAGGAAGGAACAUAAUCUGUAAAGAAGUAUUGAACGACCACAUGGCUGUAAAAGGGGAAAUGUCAGGGUCGGUCACGUGACUGCAUGGCAUGCAGGGCGGAAGAAAGAAAGGACAUUAUAUACAAAUGACAAGUUUGAGUUUUGCCAUUGUUUCCCGAGGAGCCGUACAAAUAAAAUUCUCGCCUCCUUGGGCCUAGAUCGAGGAUAGUGAGACGCCUAUUAUAUCAGAUGACGAUAUUUAUCGCUCUUGGUUAUUGGACCUGGGUGAAAAAGAGAUUAGGAAUGUGAUCAUUUAUUGAAAAGAAAAAGGUCAUCUCUCUCAGCAAGAAAAGAGAGCAGAGCAAGAUGUUACUGAAACUCAGAUAUAAUAGCUACUUUUGAUAAGGUUAGAGUGAGAACACCGAGGAGGAAAGAGGUGGAGUUUUUGUACUGAUAACUAGCAGAGUAAAAAAAAUAAGCCAGGUGAGAAAUAUUUCUCUACCUUUAAACAGACUUGGAAAAAAGACCACCUCUAAGAAGGAAAAAGCACUCCCUUAGAAAUUGUGUUUGGUUAUAUAGAGUAUGUUUGGCCAAUCUUCUUAAAAACUUUUGUUUCCGUUAAGUAAUUUUCUAGAAACAGUUUCAAGAAACAAAAAUGUUUGGCCACAAAAUUCUAGAAGUGCUUCUAAAAAACGGAAAUAGUUUACCUUGUUUUGCCCAUUAUAUUUUAUAACUAUUUUAAACCAUUAUCUAUAUUAUUAUUUAUUAUUAUAAUUAUAUCAUCAUCAUCUUAUUUCCUCAGCCCUUUGAUAUAAUAUAGAUGGCUCUGAUUACGUUAAUCAAUUUAAGAUAUAAUUUCCCUUUUUUUUCUUUUUAAAAUCAUGUUCAAAUUCUCAUCUUUCUCUCUUCUCUAAGAAUCCAAUCCCACACAGUUCUUGGUUGAUAAUAGUCUCUUUAAUUUUCUUUGUUUCUCUCCAUUUUACCAUAUUUACUGACCACCGUAUGGAACACAAGUUUCCAACUAAUGGAUACCCAAAAUUAACCUUCUUCAUUAUCACGAAGAAGAAUUAUAGUAGAUCCAUAUUAGAUCGACAAAGAGGAUAGCUAAUUAUAGACCAGUUGGUGCAUGGUUGUGGCGGAGCGCGGUCGUAGAGUGAUUGGAUUCUGAUUACUGGGUCGGAGUUUACAAGGAAAAGCAAGAGUUGCCGACGUUGAGGUCCCCAAUGAAAUUGAGGAGCAAACAAGGUUGGUGGUGUUCAAUCUCGGAAGAGAUUUGGUGGUGACAAUGGAGGGCGUAAGGGGAAAGGUAACAGUACCAUGGUUUUAGGUGGGAUGUAGGGUCAUUUCUAAAACAUGAAGGGUAUUAUGGCACAUAGAAAAUGAUGCAUUAAGUUAAAUGGCUCCUUGAGAAACAGCUAGAGAAGCUUCAGUUUAGAUCUUUUGUUUCUGAGCCCAUUAGAAGCUAUCUUGGGCUUCUUGAGAAUCAGAACUCUUUUUACUUUACCCCCUGUUUGGCCUAUUAUUUGUUUCUCAAGUGGAGAAGCUGUUCUAGGAGCUUGGCCAAACCUCAGAGUAACCACUUGUCACUUACUCACUUUGGAAUUUGGGAUAUUUGUCUUCUUUUACAGGUCUACUAUGUUACAGAAUUUUGCAUUCCAGGAUAUAUAUAUACCACAAAUUAUAUAGUGUAAUCACUUCAACAACAAUGUUAUUUGUCAUUUUUGUAGGAUUAGGUUGUGAUCUUAGCUUCUUUUUAGAUCCAUAAGUCUAGAAGCUUUCCGCGAAUUGUCUUUCUCAGAUGUAACAUUUGAUUGAUCCUCUGUCUCCCCCCCCCCUUCCCGUAACUGGUGGUCUUGUAGUACCGUAGACUUGUUUGGGAUGAGAAUAAAAAAUAGUUUCGUGUAA